UAGCUACUUCCGCCUCCGGACAACCCUCACGGGAACUUCCUGUAAGGAUGGCUGCGGCGGUGGCUUGCAUACUACGAGGAGGUCUCCCGCCCCGGGCGGCUUGGCUGCCCACCCUCCAGCCUGUGCGCCAUGGCUCCAAGGCCGUGACCCGCCACCGUCGAGUCAUGCACUUUCAGCGUCAGAAGCUAAUGGCUAUAACUGAGUAUAUUCCUCCCAGACCUGCCGUCAGCCCGAGAUGCCUGCCUCCUCCUCCCAAGCCCCCCAAGGAGGAGUCAGGCCUCAUCCGGCUCCUGCGUCGAGAUAUAGCGGCAGUUUUUCGGGACAACCGAAUGAUAGCUGUCUGUCAGAACGUGGCCUUGAGUGCAGAGGACAAGCUUCUCCUGAGGCACCAGCUUCGGAAACACAAUAUCUUCAUCAAAGUCUUCCCCAGCCAGGUCCUAAAGCCUUUUCUAGAAGAUUCUAAAUACCAAAACCUGCUACCCCUUUUUGUUGGACACAAUCUGCUGCUGGUCAGUGAAGAGCCCAAGGUCAAGGAAAUGGUGCGGAUCUUAAAGAGCAUUCCUUUCCUGCCACUGCUGGGUGGCUGCAUUGAUGACACCAUUCUCAGCAGGCAGGGGUUUGUAGAGUAUGCCAAGCUGCCCAGCCUGGACCGGCUACAGGGGGAGCUGGUGGGGGGGCUUACUCACCUCACGGCCCAGACCUGCUACCUGCUUCAGCACCAACCUGUCCAGCUGACCUCCCUGUUGGAUCAGUACGUCAGACAGCAGCACGAGGGAGAUUGUGCUACGUCAACCGAGGGGAAGCCACAUCCUCCGGACCCUGCUCCAGAUUCCUAGCUGACCUGCUUUACCCUGCUCUGCCCAUAAACACACUUUGUCCCUGUUGUCUGUCUUGUUGUCUGGCAGAGAUCUAAAAGAAUUUGGAGUGUGGGAGUGGCCUUGUGUGACUUGG